CUCCUUUUAUAACCCCAAACUUGAGCUACAUUUUCCUGCAUUCUUUUAGUACAAUUCACUACUACAAAAAUGGCAGAGAAGAGAGAAAAAAAGCUGAGAAUAUCAGUAGGAUAUGCACUUCUCCCAAACAAAGUAGAAUCCUUCAUUAGAUCAUCCUUAUUCACUUAUGCCAAAGAUCAUGGCAUUGAUCUUAUCCUUGUAGAUCGUCACCAAUCUCUCCUUGAACAAGGUCCAUUCGACUGCCUUGUUCAUAAGUUUUACGACGACGAAUGGAACCAACAAUUACAUGAAUUCAAUUCAGCACACCCUCAUGUCCCUAUUAUUGAUUCCCCUGCAGCCAUACGCCGUCUACACAAUCGAGUUUCGAUGCUCGAAGCUGUCAAAAAGCUCACCCUUUCAAAGUCCUCAGAUACUGCAGGAAUUGCAGGAUCAGUUCCUACUGUUGGAAUACCCAAACAGAUUCUGCUGACAGCAGAAUGCAGAGAAGAAAGAUCAGGUCUGAAAUAUCCAAUGAUUGCGAAACCAAUGGUUGCAAAUGGUACAAUCAAGUCACACCAAAUGUCACUGGUGUUAAACUCACAUGGUUUAGAGAAAGUAAAACAUCAAGCUCCUGUUGUGCUACAAGAAUUUAUCAAUCAUGGCGGCGUACUUUUUAAGGUUUAUGUUGCAGGAAAUCAUGUCAAAUGUGUUCACAGGAAAUCUUUGCCUGAUCUUCAUGUAACUGAUCAUCCAAUUUUUAAACUAGAAGAAGAUGUUUUACCAUUUUCUCAGAUUUCUAACUUACCUUCUAUAUUUGAUGAAGAACAAGAAGAACAGAUUACUAUGCCUCCAUUGGAUUUCAUACAAAAUCUUGCUGCAGCAAUAAGAAAGGCUACAGAACUUAAUCUGUUUAACUUUGACCUCAUUCGAGAUACAUCAGAUUCUGAUAUUGGUAACAAGUAUCUUAUAAUUGACAUCAAUUAUCUUCCAGGUUAUGCUAAAUUGCCUGGAUUUGAAGCUAUGUUUACUGAUUUUUUCUGGGAUGUUGUCCAGAAUAAUGACACUGGUGAUCAAAACAUGACAUAAAAUUGCUCUGACAUUUGUUGGCGUUUGCUGCUACUGAUGAUCACAUUCUGUUGUAUUUUUCUAAGUUUCUCUAAUGUUUUAUGAUCUAGAAUGUAAUUCCAAGCUGUAUUUUACUACUAUUUUCAGUAUGUCAUGUGAAUGUGUCUUGAAAUUACAAAUAUGAAUGCAUCUAAGUGUUUGUUUC